UCGCUGUGUUUUCCGUUGACAAGGUCGGGUUUGUUUACGUGUAAGAAAUGUAAUAAACUGAAGAGCAUUUGUUAAAAAAAAAAAUGAAAAUUAUUACUUUCAAUAGUGAAAUUAUUGAAAUACUAAAAUGUGCAAAAUUUGUCUUUAUUGCAUAAGCAAGUCUCAGAAAGUGGUUUGGAAGAGAGAGGUUAUGUCCUGGGAAAUUUGCGAAAAUCAAGUAUUCACAGGAUAAAUUGUCUUCGUUUCCUUUUAUCGAUAUUUAUAAUUUAAUAAUACAAUUUAAAAUGAGGCCUGGAGGAAUGUUUGUUAUUCACGAGUUCGGAAAAAGAAUUAGAAGGUUUGUGGAUGGCAAUUACUCUUAUCGAAAGAUCCUUGUGCUCUUGGUCAUUUCUGGAGCAAUUCUUCUUUAUCUUGGACCUCCUUUUGCUCAGUGGCUCUUCUCGAGCAGUGGAAAACCCAUAGAAGCAUUUGAGGAUCACUGUAUGAACGAGAGACUGGCAAGUUUCUACUUCGAUAUCGUGGAUUACAAUGCGAAUGUCCUGCAUGAUCCGCCAGAAGAAACGGAUCAUCAGUAUUUACCUUACAUCGGCAAUGGGAUCUACGGCAUUCCCGUUCUGCCGGAGGCUUGGCUCUACAUAAAGCACGGCAGAACCUUAUCUUUGCCGGUAAAAUGGCAGCCCUUGAUCUCGCCCGCUUUGCCGGAAGGAAGUUCGUAUCGUGAAGCGACAGUGACACAUUAUACGACGGGAAUCGUCUACAAAUAUCAGUGCCUUCGAGAUGGUUAUUACAUAGUCUCUCAGUAUUAUGCACACAGAAGCUUCGAUGGAAUCCUUGUCCAGGAUGUAAAAGUCGCGAAUCCUUCCGCACUCUCUCAGGAAGUCACCUUGAAGUCGCAAACUUCGGCUCACUGGAGUGACUCUCACACCGAACCCCUCAAGAUUCAAAUUGAUGGAACGAUUCACGAGUUCAGCUUGACUUCAGGAUACGUACAAUUGCCUGAGUCGAACAAAGUUAUUGUGGUAUCAGUAGUUUACAAAGUACCACCGAAAGUUAUUCAAGUGAAAGCGAGAAGUUCCUCCAGAUAUGAAUUCUUGUCCAGUAUUCGUUACAGUGAAGCUGUAACUUCUGAACAGUAUCACGUUGAACGCGACACAACCCAGAAAAAGGCGAUAGAUGCAAUGAAAAAGGCUUUGGUACGUCAGCAGCGAGGGUUAAAAACCGAUCACGUGAAUCUUUGGCAGAGUUACUGGUAUACAGGAUUCAGAAUUAGCGAAUCCAAAGCAAAAGAAGCAAUUAACGGGCAUAAAAUCAAUUCUACGAUGUAUUAUGUUCUGUCACAAGUGCCGAGGGGUACUUCUGAUGUGGAGAAAAUUGUGACAAAAAAUGAGGGCUGCUACAGAGGACACCACACCUUAGACGCACCAAGAUUAUGGAAAGAAACGUCCACAAUAGAGGCCGUUAACGAAAUAGUUCAUGCGUGGUUAAUAACUUUAGAAAAACAAGGCUGCCAUCAUCUUACAACCGGAAAUCCGUCGGCAGUGCAACAAGCGAUUGUUCUGAGCCUUGGAGGAUUGCGAUUCAGCAAUCAGCAUCUCGAAUUCAACAUUGAUCCCCAGUAUCUUCAUCGAGAUUAUUUAUUCAGACGAAUAAGUUAUGGAAAUGUAACACACCUCAAUAUUUCUGUGACUGUUAAUGAGGACAAUAGGGCUGUUUUGGGAGUCGCUUUGGAUCGCAGCGAUAGCGUUUAUUUUGCCUGUGACGCUGGAUGUCUCGAUUCCCCGGUUCCAUUGAGCCAAUCCUUCACUAGUUUCCCGGUGAAGUUGACAAAACCUUUGACUGCUAUUCUUUAUAUUACAUCGGAUCAUCAGCAUAUGCAAGACCUUCGAAAUGCUCUCCAUGUUCACACAAUUGACGAAGCACCUGCUCAUGACCAUCAUGUAAUGGCUUUACACAAACACGGCCAUCAAUUAGGAGGUUUACCCACGUUUUUCUGGGUAACAAUAGGCUUCCUGAUACUCGUGUUUCAUCUCUUCCUCUGUAAAUUAAUGAUCAGUGAGUACCGAGGUCAUCAGGAUCGACACAAAGUGCGCUAUAACAAACCUUAAUUCGCAAAAACUGUAAAUAUUCGUCCUGUUAACAAUAAGAUGUAAAUAUGUAUUUUUACAAACAAGAAUCAAGUGCGAUUAUUGUCGCAAUACUGGAUUUGUAAUUUAUUUGCAAUCAAAUCCACGAGCUUUGUUUUCCCGACAACAUUUAUUAUAGAGUAUAUUAAAGUCAUAAUAAAUAUUAUUUAAGGACAUACAA